GCGGAGUCAAGCGAGAUCUGCUGCAUCUGGUACUUACGUGAUCACGCGCGCGGUUCCUGGGGAUGCAACCACAAAUGUAACAUCGGCUUCUUUACUGCACUGAAAUUAAAUCAAGACGCCGUGUGUCGGGGCCGACGAUACGUUUGUUGAGGAGCUAAAUUGCCAUGGCGGAGCAGCAGAGGCAGCGUACUCUCUCCACCUCUGGAGAAUCACUCUACCAUGUGCUGGGUGUCGACAAAGUGGCCACUGUUGAUGACAUCAAGAAGUCUUACAGGAAACUGGCAUUGAAAUAUCACCCUGACAAGAAUCCUGACAAUCCUGAGGCAUCAGAUAAGUUUAAAGAGAUAAACAACGCCCAUGCCAUUUUGAAUGACCCCACAAAGCGAAACAUCUAUGACAAGUAUGGCUCUUUGGGGCUUUAUGUGGCUGAACAGUUUGGAGAGGAGAAUGUUAACACCUAUUUUGUCCUGUCCAGCUGGUGGGCCAAGGCUCUGUUUAUUUUCUGUGGCCUGGCUACAGGCUGUUACUUCUGCUGUUGCCUGUGCUGUUGUUGUAACUGCUGCUGUGGAAAGUGCAAACCACGGCCACCCGAGGGACAAGAGCAGGAGUUCUAUGUCUCCCCUGAAGACCUAGAGGCCCAGCUGCAGUCCGAUGAGAGAGAGGCAGGUGGAGGUGAGCCCAUUGUGAUGCAGCCCUCAUCGGCCUCCGAAACUACCCAGCUGACAUCCGAUGGUUACCAUACCACCUACCACACUGACACCGGCUUCAACUAAAAGCUCUGCCCUCUCCACCUCCACCUCAUGGCUUAUCUCUCGUCACUCUGCGCCACCUCUCUGAGGGAAAAAAAAUGAAUGGAAAGUAUCCUUCAACUACAACAAAAAAAGCCUGUUUUUGAGAUUAGGAGGCCAGCGAUGGAGGAAUGAUAGCUGAAUUAUUUAGCGUAUCCUGUCCCUUAUUCACAUACAACUUCCAUCACCCAUGAGUGUCACACAUUCACCUUACCGUAGCUUAAAAAAAGGAGUUUACGAAAAAAAGAUAAAAAGAUCCUGUUGUUUACCCUCUUCUCUUUGUUGCCUUUGACUUCCAAUUUUGCCUUCCACUCAUUCCCUCCUUCCUCCACCCAGAUUUGCUUGUCGUCCUGUGGCAUGCACGGUUCCUUGACUUCGUUAGAUGAAGUUUUUGCAAUUUCGGUUUUCUUGUUGGUAUAUCCAUUUCUAAGUACUUCUGAGUGUGCUUUAAAUUUGACUGUGAACUUGCCAUUGGUGUUAGAAGACCAACGAAGGUCCUCUAAGAAACAUGUCAUGGAAUUCUCAAUUCAACCUUUUUUUUUUUUUUUUUUUUUUUUUUUUUUUGUAAAAUUAUCUACAUUUUGUGGCAGUUAACAAAAACAUGUUGAUUGAUUUGGUUCUACGGACUCACUUGCUUUGGUAAUCCAUCAGUACUGUAUUUUUUUGUUACAUUAUUCCUCUUGUUUUCUGAGAGAGAUAGAUACAAGUGAUGCAAAUGAUAACAUGCCAUUUACUCUAAGUUUUGAUGUUGGUGUUCCUGUGUUGUUUUAAGGACCGUUUGCAAUGAGUUGAUCCAAAAUGAGGACUUCUGUAUAUUUGGAAUGGUUUUAAAUGUCAUCUUUGUGUUGUGGUUGUUUGUUAUGUGCGAAAACAAUGUUGGGGCACUCAGCUUUUCUCUUAGUGUUGAGCUCCAUUUGGCCCAGUUGUGUUUCUCCUUGAAAGGGAAUCAUGAAUGCAAAAUGAUAAACUCCAACAGUGUCAUCUGAUGUCACAUCUUGUGUACGUAAGGUUGAAGCUAAUAAAGAUGUGACAUUUUUAUAUAGAUAUACAAUCUACACACACCAUGUGUAUGUACAAUACAAUGCAGUUGUGGCCAAAAAUAUUGGCACCCUUGGUAAAUAUGAGCAAAGAAGGUUGUGAAAAAAAAUCUGCAUUGUUUAUCCUUUUGAUCUUUCAUUAAAAAAAAUCACAAAAAUCUAACCUUUAAUUGAAGUAAAACAAUUGAAAGAGGGGAAAUAUCUCAGUAAAUAAAUAUUUUUCUCCAAAAUACAUUGGCCACAAUUAUUGGCACUCCUAGAAUUUCUUACGAGUAAAAUAUAUCUGAAGUAUAUUCCCAUUCAUAUUUUAAAUUUUUAGUGCACCUGGGUGACUAGAAACAUGAAAUUGUACAGCCAUGACUUCCUGUUUCACAGUGGUAUAAAUAUGAGGUAACACACAGGCCAAAUUACCUUAAUCAUCAAUCACAGUGAGCUUCACAAAAUGGGAAGUGGCUAUAAAAAAUAGCCAAAGCAUUGAAAAUGCCCAUUUCCACCAUCAGGGCAAUAAUUAAGAUGUUCCAAUCAACUGGAGAUCUUAAGAAUCGGCCUAGAAAAGGACAUGUCUAUAUUAUCUCCAUGCACGGUGAGCAAGAUGGUUCAAGUGGCCAAAGAAUCUCCAAGGAUCACAGCUGGAGAAUUGCAGAAAUUAGUUUCGGUCUUGGGGUUAGAAAGUCUAAAAACAAAUGUCAGACAUCACCUACAUCACAAGUUGUUUGGGAGGGUUUCAAGAAAAAAAGCCUCUGCUCUCAUCCAGCAACAAACUCAAGCGUCUUCAGUUUUCCAGACACUACUGGAACUUCAAAUGCAACCGGGUUCUAUGGUCAGAUGAAACAAAAAAAAGAGCUUUUUGGCAGCAAACACCAGAGAUGGGUUUUGCGCACACAGAAAUGAAGUACCCAAUGCCCACGGUUAAAUGUGGUGCUGGAUCUUUAAUGUUGUGGGGCUGUUUUUCUGCCAGAGGUCCUGGACAUCUUGUUCGGAUACAUGGUAUUACGGACUCUAUCAAAUACCAACAGAUAAAAAUCAAAACCUGGCUGCCUCUGCCAGUUGUUGGAUCUUCCAGCAGGACAAUGAUCCAAAACAAACAUGAAAAUCAACACAAAAAUGUUUCACUGACCACAAAAUCAAGGUUCUGCCAUGGCCGUCCCAGUCCCCUGACCUGAAUGCCAUAGAAAAUUUGUGGGGUGAACUGAAGAGGAAAGUCCACCAACAUGGACCUCUGAAUUUGAAGGAUCUGUAGAGAUACUGUAUGGAGGAAUGGUCUCAGGUCCCUUGCCAGGUGUUCUCCAACCUCAUUAGGCAUUAUAAGAGAAGACUCAAAGCUGUCAUCUUGGUAAAUAGUUGAAUAACUUGCAAAAAGUAUUCAAUAAAAGGGUGCCAAUAAUUAUGGCCAAUGUGUUUUGGAGAAAAAUAUUUAUUUAAUAAUGAUUAAAUAAGUAUUUAUUCAUUUAAAUAUUGAUUUUUCCCCUGUUUCAAUUGUUUUACAUCAAUUAAAGGUUACUUCAAUUUUUUGAAUGAAAGAUCAAAAGGAUAAACUGCAUAUUUUUUUUUCACAGCCUUCUUUGCUCAUAUUUACCCAUGGUGCCAAUAUGUUUGGCCACAACUGGAUAUGUAUAUUUUUAUGCAUUUUAGUUGUUGCUGCAUAUAGUAAGAAGAUUGUGUCUGUGGUGCUGGCCCCUUGUGGUCACUUGAGACCCCAUAAUGCCAAGAUAUAUUGUCUUUUUUUUUUAAUCAUUCAUUCAUGUGUGGUAGCGAUUUUAUGCUGUUGAUUCCUCAAAUUUAUUUAUUGAAGUGGCAAACAUGAAGCAUUUAUAACACUACUAUAAGCAUCUGGAUAAAUGCUUAAAUAUUGAAAAAUGACUGUGUGUGAAUUUUUCUAGGCAUCCAUCACUUUUGGCAUACAUAGGUUCUUUAAUAUUUAAUUCAAUGGAUUGAACAAACUUGCAGUUGUGGAUUUUUUUUUACAUUUUGUGUGCAUCUAAGGUUUCUUGCUACAUUUUAUGAGGAGAUAAAAUAUACUUAAAUAUUUUAGCAUUUAUUUGAUAGGUUCUCCUCUAAGUGGUCUCAGAUGUGACAUUAUGCUUCAAGAAUAUUUAAUCACCAUUCAACUUUUUUUGUGUCAUAUUUUCUCUGUGUCAUAUACUGUAUUAUGUGAUAGGAUCCUGAUCCCUCAUGGUGUUGCUCUUGAUUAUGUUAACAUUUUGCGCUGUCUGUGAUAUUGUGAGUUAGAAGGUCUGUGGCGACAGCUGAACCAGGUUUGAGACGUUCUCGGUAUACAUUUAAAGUGCUUUAAUUGCCUUCAUAAACUGUUUUUUUUAAGAUGCCCAUUAAUGCCAUGUUCUCUCAUCUUUUCAUUAUUUUCUUCUAACUUCUUACAUAGGCAGUUCCAGAUUAUGCUGUUUGUCUAUCUGUUCUCAUUUUUUCCUUCUCAGCUCAAACUGAAGUAUAAUACAUAUAUCACCAGCCAUGUUUUCUUCACAUUGAUGUUAUUCUCCAAAUUGCCAAUGAUGCUUUAUUAAGUUAACAUUUAGUUAUAUAUUUUACCAUCUGCUCCCUCCUUUCUCUCUCCAGUUCCCUCAUUCCUCUGCUCUAAAUGGCUUUUAAUGGAUGUUAGCCUCUGUGGUCCCUUUUCCUGUGCAUUUGACUGUAUCAGAAAUACCCUCAUAAAGAGUAUGGCUUUUUUGUUGAAAUGUUGGAUUUAUUUUUUAAGUCGAAUGGACAUUGUUUAAUGGAGAAAUAAAUAAAACAUUCUGGAGUGAAAUGA